GGUGAGGAAGCUGAAGGAGACCCUGGUUACGGUGCAGCAGCUGGACAAGAACAUGAGCAACCUGCGAUCAUGGCUGUCCCGCAUCGAGGCCCAGCUGGCCAGGCCCGUCACCUACAACGUGUGUCACCAUGAGGAGAUCCAGAGACGGCUCGCCCAACAGCAGGUGGGUGGGAGUAGGGUGAAGUUGCCCCUAGACGCUGAUCUUGGGUCAGUUUAGCAUUUUCCCCACUAAUAGUUAAGGUUAGGGUUGAAGGAGGGGAAAAUGAGUUUAGAUCUGUACCUAGGGGAAACUUCACCCCGGAGCAGGUGGGUGCCAGGGUCCUGUUCAUUAGGCACCAAAUGAACAGGGAGGGAGUACCUGUUUAACGCUUUGAAUCGUUUUCCAGUGAACACAACCCAGAUUAUCAUAGCGAUUAUUAUGAACCGACUUACCUAAAUAAAUACAGAUUGAAAAAGGUGUGUUACACAAAGGUGUAAUAUGCACAUCCCAGAUUUCCCCACGGAAAAAACCAUAUAUUACUCAGAUAUAGACUGUAAUUCCCUUUGGAUUUUGUCUGCUAAAAUAACCAUAUCUGCAUUGAUUUCAUUUUAUUUUAGUUAUGUGAAUAGAGGGCGAUAGAUACAAACAUAUUACCCCAUUGAACAAACCACCAUCCAAUGCAUAGCCUUGUCAAUAGCCUUGUCCACAAUUUUUGUCCAACGUUGUCCGUCUGUCUGUCCACAUUACGCUAAGGUUGUCCAUGUUUCUGUCCACAGGAGCUGCAGAGGGACAUUGAGCAGCACACGGAGGGCGUUGUGUCCGUCUUGACGCUGUGCGACAUCCUGCUGCACGACCAGGACGCGUGUGUUGGCGGCGACGGCGAGAACGACUCCAUCCAGCAGACCACCCGCAGCCUAGACCAGCGCUGGAGGGCCAUCUGUGCCACGUCCCUGGAGAGGAGGCUCAGGUAAGACACACACACAAUCAAUCAAUCCCCACCAAAAGAUAUAAUGUAUUUAUAAUGCAUUAUACAAAGUGUUACCAAAAGUGAUGAAUUAAGUUUGUGGGUUCAUUUGGAUGGUGAUGGAUGGUGAUGGAUGGUGAUGUUUUGCACUCCAGAGUGAAGUUUCAUUUGGGUUAGGAUCAGCUUCCCCUCCCCUAAUCCUAACCUUAAAGGAAAUAUCCACCCAAAACCACUAAGUCCUAUAAUUUAAAGUGUUAAAUAACACUAAUAUGUGAGAACAAUAUAUUUCAUUUAGUCAUUAUAAUAAGGUUGGUAGCAACGUGAAAAUUGUUGUGGAAAUUUGUGAAAAUUUGUGGCAGCUCUGUCUGGCUAGCUAGCAAACGUAGCUACACACAAUAAUACUAAAGUCAAUAUCAGCAUGUGAAGUAGCUAGUUAGCUAUAAAAUCGCUUAAACAAACUGCACUAUCAAUUUAGGAGUCUACAAUCUCACCAUGUUCAACCUGCAGAUCGAUGUGCCUCGCAGCGGCAUCAUGCAGUGCUCCCUGGACUGAAGAGGCAGACAAAUAGGAGGAAUGUGGUGGACCCUCUAUUAAAUUACAAAUUUCUCAAAGUAGGAAUAUCGCAAAAAUAUAAUCAAUUGCUCAUUCGAGAGAAGACAACCUCCCGUGUUAUGUCAUUAGCCAGUAUACACUUCCAGUGUAGCGAGAGUGACUUUAUCGCAAUGCUUUUCAUACCUGACACAUUUCUGCCAGCUCGAACGGCAAUAGCUCAGAUACACAUGAAAACCUCAAAUCACCCAGGGAAUUGAUAGAACAUCGCUCAGAGAUGCACACAAACAAUAUAACAUUCAAAAUGGGUGAAUCUUUCCUUUACCCAUUAGUGGGGGAAAUGCAAAACUGACCCAAGAUCAGCAUCUAGGGGCAACUUUACCCUACACUGAUGUUUCCCUAUGAUAGGAUUGAGGAGACUUGGAGGCUGUGGUGUAAGUUCCUGGAUGACUACUCGCGCUUUGAGGACUGGCUCAAGGUGGCCGAAUGCACGGCAGCCAACCCCAACUCUGACAACGUUCUGUACACAGUCGCCAAGGAGGAGCUCAAGAAGUUUGAGGUCAGUUUUGGGGGUCAGGAUCCUAUAGGAACUGACAGUGAAGUUCACUUCUGCCUCCCAAAUGGCACCCUAUUCCCUACAUAGUGCACUACUUUUACCCAAUGCUCUGAUCAAAAGCAGUGUAAUAUGCAGGGAAUAGGGUGUCAGUGUGACACAGACACGGUCUGAGAUUUUCAUUUGUAUUCUAUUAACUAACCAAUGACUCGGUUACUGAAUGGUUGGUUGAAUCAUAUCCUUUCCCCAAUAUUCAUCAAUCAAUGUUAUUCACCCCCCUCUCUCCCUCCUCCUUCCCUCCAUCCUUCCUUUUUUCCUCCCUCAUUAUCUCCCUCCCUCCCUCCAUCCCUCCUCCCCUCCCCACCCUACACAGGGCUUCCAGAGGCAGGUGCAGGAGCGUCUGACCCAGCUGGAGCUGGUCAACAACCAGUACCGCCGGCUGGCCCGGGAGAACCGCACUGACGGCGCCAGCCGCAUCAAGGUUAUGGUCCACGAGGGCAACCGCCGCUGGGAUGCACUGCACAGGAGGACGGCGGCCAUCUUACGCAGGCUAAAGGUGAGAAGGAAGGAAUGCUGGGAUAAAAAAAAAAAAAGAAGAAAAUACAAAUAUGCACACUGCUAUUGCCAUUGUUACUUUAGUUAGCUUAUGCAUCGACCUUACUACCUGUCCGAGCUUAAGAUAUCAUUGACUUAUUGCUUUUCCUAUUUUUAACGUCAAUGAUUCUUAACUCUUAAAAGAAUGAAGGUUUUUUACAUCAAGAGCCAGAGCUGUGACUGUUUUCCACCCCCCAUGUGACUCUAGGUUCGCGCACUAUUGAGCACUAUUUUCCUACAGACAAAAACUCACUGUCUCUUUUCCCCUUUCCCCCUGCAGCAUUUUACGGGUCAGAGAGAGGAGUUUGAGGGGACCAGGGAGAGCCUGCUGGUGUGGCUGACGGAGAUGGACCUGCAGCUCACCAACGUGGAGCACUUUUCUGAGACGGACACGCAGCACAAGAUGAAGCAGCUCAACGUAAGGGGGGCAGGGGGAAUGGGUGGGAUUGGGGGAAGGUGGGGUAGGCAGAGGGAUACAGACGCACAAGUGCAGGAACGCAUAUUCACUAGUGCACACACACACAUGGAGGAAUGUGCAUUCACAGUCACUGUCUUGCACACAAGCUCGCACAUGUGAACUCAGAUUCACAGAUGCAGGACAGCACACACGUCACACACACAUCCAUGGCAAGCUUUGACACAGUCACUCAUACACACAGUCAACCAAACACUCUCACACUCCCCUCUCCUUUCUAGCUCCGGGGUGAAGUUUCCCAGCCCUAGGUACAGAUCUAGGAUCAGCUUUCCCUCCCCCAAUCCCAUCCAUAACUAUUAGUGGGGAAAAUACCAAACUGACCCUCUCCCCUCCAGGGCUUCCAGAGGGAGAUCACCCUGAACACGGAGCGCAUCGACGGCCUGAUUGUGUUCGGUGAGGGCCUGAUCCAGAGGAGCUCCCCGCUGGACGCCGCGCUCAUCGAAGACGAGCUAGAGGAGCUACACUCCUACUGUCAGGAGGUUUUUGGCAGGGUGGUCCGCUUUCACCAGCGCCUCACGCAGCCACCGGUUAGUAUGUGUGAACACACACACACAGAUGUACAGGCACGCACACAAAAAAGAGAGAAAAACACACAAACAAAAAGAGAGAGAGACACAGACACAAGAGUUGUACUCCUACUGCCAGGAAGUGUAUGGCAGGGUGAUCUGCUUCCACUAGCACCUGAGACAAUCUCCUCUCCUGUCCUCUCCUCCUCUCUUCUCCAGGUGUUGAAGGAGGAACCAGAGCUGUUCGGCGGGGACAAGCCCCUGGAAGGGAGCUGCGAGCUGAUUGGCCGUCCCUGGCUGGGGCGGAGCCAGAGUCAGGGGAGCGCCCCUGCCACACCAACCCACCUGUUGGCCCCUCCCCUGGAGUGUUCAGGCCGGGAGACACCCGUGAGCGUGUGUGACUCCAUCCCUCUGGAGUGGGACCACACGGGAGACGUAGGAGGAUCUUCGUCCCACGAGGAUGAGGAGGAGGAGGAGGUUGAGAAGGAAGAGGGGACCUACUACAGUGCCCUGUCAGGUAAAAUACAGUGUUAAUAUUUCCUCUCUGACGACAACGAAGUGUGUGUGUGUGUCUGUCUUACAAUCAGAAAAUAGUAUUCAACAAUGCUGUGGUAUUUAUGGAUACAGUAUAUUAAUGUACACACAGCCACAGUGACAGUCACGCAUGCACACACGCACACACACACACACACACACACACACACACACACACACACACACACACACACACACACACACACACACACACACACACACACACACACACACACACACACUCUCAACUUGGCCCUCUUCUACUCUUCUCCAGAGGUGGAGGUUACAGAGAGUCCAGAGGCCUUUGUCAAAGCCACGGCUCUCUCACUGGGAGCUGGUCCCUCUGGUAGGCACCACUAUGGUCUUCCUCUUUCAUGCCGAUGCCAGUGGGUGGCUAUAUACAAGCGGGCACUGCCAGGCUUGGGGCAUGCCUCACGCAACCCCACAUAACCUCACGCAAACCUCACGCAAAACUGCUAAAGUACACUGACUUAAAGCAGUCCUCACACUAAAGUGUGAUCACCGCUCACAAAAGCACUAAAGCUCACUAACAAUUUAACUAGGCUACAUCUUAGCUCAGCGUCAUUUUUUUUUACAUACAGUGGCAAGAAAAAGUAUGUGAACCCUUUGGAAUUACCUGGAUUUCUGCAUAAACUGGUCAUAAAAUUUGAUCUGAUCUUCAUCUAAGUCACAACAAUAGACAAACACAGUGUGCUUAAACUAAUAACACACACAUUAUGGUAUUUGUCUUGUUUAUAUUGAAUUGCACAUUUCAAAGUCCAUUUCAUAGAAAAUGUUACAAACUGGACUACAUUUAGUAACUUACUUUGAAGAGAUGGUGAUUGGGUCUAAAUAGGCUUUUGGCGUUUGGUAGUCUUAAUUCAGUGUAUUUGUCUUCAACUUCCAUUCCCCGAAAGUCAGACUCUUCCCACACACCAAUUCAUUUUUCACAGUUUCAGAAGCAUCUGCAUUCACCAAAUUUUGUGUGGUUGUCCUUAGAUACAUUCUCCAGACUUGCCCAGAGGGAAUUGUUGAUAUGCUGUAAAUGGUUUAUUCUAGAUAACAUUUUAUUUGGAAAAAUGCCUUUAAAUGUCUUUAGUAUUUUACAGAUAGAAAGAUUCAAAAAGUAUUUAUCCACAAUCUGCUCUGGACAAGUCCGGUCCUGGAGUGUUUUAACAAAAUGAAACAAAAAUAUUUAGGCUGACUUAAUCCAGUGUCCAGAAAGAUGUAUUUGCGUGGUAUGCAAAUAUGCGCUAUUUAAUAAGAUAUCGCCUAAUUUGCAUAUUGUAAUAAUAUAUUUCAGAAAAUAGUCAUACAAAAAAGUAUUUUAUUCAACUGAUAAAAGGUGAUUGUGAUCUGAUUAAGAGGGGAAAAAAUCCCUAUUAGGGUGUGGUGCCUGGCCUUAAGGAGAUAGAUUGGGUGUAAGGCCCUGUCCAGGGGAUGUAUUUGAAGUAGAGAGGUGAUUCAGCAACACUUGGAGGACAAUGGAAUUAAAUAAAAAAGCAUAUUUUUUGCUAAAAGUAGAAGCAAUGCGUUAUGGCUUUUGGACUUCGUCAGGGUUUUUACAGAAGUAAAACAGAAUGAGUCUUUUAUACAUUUCAAGGGACCAAUCACAGUUAGUAUGCCAAUAAAAACAUGUGAUUGGUUAAAUCAGGGGAUGUACUUGUACAUCAAGCUACCUCACGCUACAGAAACAGAAGAUAGGUUCCUGCCCCAUGGGCCGUUCUGGCUCGGGCAAGGCUACUUACCUUUACUUACGCCUCAGUAAGAGACUUGUCUGCAAUAGGCUUUAAGUGUAAAAUCCACUUAGGGUUGCCAGAUACAGUGAAACCACUCCCAUUUGGGUUGCCAUAUCCAACUACACUAGUUCACCCCACUGCUGUGCCAUAACCUCCCUUUGCUACUGUCUACCACCUGAAAUACUGCAUGGGAAUAAAGAUGCACACACAUAAUAUGCUUUUGGGUUUCUUUCACUGCUUAAUUUAUACUUGUAUGGCAUUAUUAUUUGGGUGGCAGAAAAGCUCCUUUGUAACCAGAGCAAGCCCACUGGGCAAAAACUGGUUGAAUCAACGUUGUUUCCACAUCAUUUCAACGUCAAACAAUCAAUGUUAUAAUGUUGAAUCAACAUGGGAAACUGAUUGGAUUGGCAAAAAGUAUUUUUUAAACUCAACUUUAAACCUAAAUCCAAUGACGGUGGCAUUUGGUGAAAUUUUUUGUUGAUUUCACGCAGAAUUCACAUUGAUUGACAACUCAACCAAACAUAAAUCAAAACUAGUCGUUGAAAUGACAUCUGUGCCCAGUGGGAGUAGAAUGACCUGCAGGGAAAAUGUGGUCAUUAUUGUGUUUUCAAUGUAAACUCAGGCUCUAACGUGGUGUGUGUGUGUGUGCGCAUGCGUGUGUGUGUUUGUGUGCCUGCGUAUGCAUGUGUCUGUGCAUGUGCAUGCAUGCCUGUGUGUGUGUGUGUUUGUGUGUGCGGUCCUCUCAGUUCCACUCAGAUCCAUGGCCAUACCCGAAUCUCCAAGCUGGCGCUCGCCAGGCGACCUGGACAGAAAGUACCUCCACCUGGACUCUCCCGACGGCCUGGACCCCUCACCUACACACACCAGCACUCCCUUCAAACAAGGCUACGUAAGUCGCUCCGGGCUGAAGUUUCUCCUACAGAUCUAGGAUCAGCUUCCCCUCCCCAAUCCUAACUAUGCCUAUUAGUGGGGAAAAUGCAAAACUGACCCAAGAUUAGCAUUAAGGCGCAACUUCCCCUUACUCCUUUCUAAAUCUGUUCUGCUGCCCUCCUCUGGCUACACCGAGUGUUUGUGUGUGUGAAUAGAUUCAAUUCUAUGUUUUUAUUUAGUCACAUGCACAGUGAAAUUGUAGUGAGAUUCUUAAGCUCCGAACUCCAACAGUGCAGGUGUGAAUGAAACAAUAAAAAAUGUAAUAUCAAUAAUACAUGUUUAGAACUGUGACAAUGAUAAAUAUAAAUGUCCAUUGGGGUGUGGGCAAGGUAAUUGUCCGUUGAGGGGGGGAGGCAGUGUGCACCCACUGGUGCGUUCUGCUGAGCAUACCACCCUUUGUAGUGCCUUGCGGUCAUCAGCGGUGGAGUUGCCAUACCAGGCUGUGAUGCAGCCCGACAGUAUGCUCUUGAUGUUGCUCCUGUCGAACAAGGACACUCGGGUACAGACAUCAUUUCUUCAGCCUCCUGAGGUUGAAGAGUCACUGUUGUGCCUUCUUCACCAUGGUUUGACCAUUUCAGCUCCUCGGAGAUGUGUACAUCAAGGAACUUGACGUUUUUGACUGUCUCCACGGCGGCCCCGUUGAUGAGGAUGGGGGCGUGCCCAGCCUGGUUCCUCCAAAAGUCCACAAUCAGCUCCUUUGUUUUGCUGACAUUGAGGGAGAGGUUGUUUACCUGGCACCACACCAUCAGAGUGCCUACCUCCUCUCUGUAGGCCGUCUCGCCGUUGUGUGCAUGCGUGCGCGUCGGUGUGUGUGUUAUAUGCUGUAACAAUGUGUGUCUGCGUUGCAGGUGCGUCUGAUGUCAGAGUGCAGUGGUAGCAUCAAAAGUGUCAAGAGGGUCUCCCUGAUCCUGGAUGAUGAGGAGCAGCCCGAGGAACAGGGCCUCACUGGCCUGACGACCGCUGACAAACAAUCAGGUACCGCACGCACACAAACACAUUGGGGGAGGAAACGUGAACAUUUUUACCUGCCGUCAUACAAUAUUUGCGAUAAUCUAAUAAAUGUAUGUUACAAAUGUGUGUGUGCAUGCCCGUAUGUUUUCAGGGGUGAUCGAGCGCUGGGAGCUGCUGCAGGCUCAGGCCAGGAGCGACCUGCUGUCUGGCCCGCGGGAGCCUUGCCAGCUGACCUCUGACCUGCAUGACAUCACUUCCUGGCUGGGGCGGGUAAUGCCGGAGCUGGAGAGAGUGCAGGUUCCCGAGACCCCCACCAGCAUCCAAGACAUGGAGGCUAGGGUCAAACAACUCAAGGUAAGGCUGCUGAAUAUUAUACUGUACUACGGUGUCCAUUUUAGGACUGCUGAGACUGAAGCUUUUUGAAUAUGGACACCAUACAUUGUUUGUCUUUUCCAUUCAAGGUAAGGAAAUUAACUAUAAUACUUUUGAUUUUGUACACCAGCUUCAAAGCUGAAAAUACAAUAUUUUUGGUUUAGAUGGUACAAUGAUUAUCUACACUAUACCUUGCUCUCUGUCUCUCUCCCUCUCUCUCUCACACGCACUCUCACUCUCUUACUCUAGGAGAUGCAGAAGGUCUUUGCUCACUACAAGGCAGUCAUGCUGUCGCUUAACAUGGGCGGUCGCGAGUUGCGGGGGUGUGAUGGUCCGGAGGCCCGGGAGCUAGGGGAGGGCCUGGCUAGUAUGAACCAGGGCUGGAUGCUGGCCUGCACUGGUCUGGAGGAGUGGCAGGACAGUCUGCGUACCACUGUCAUGCGCUGUCAGGUCAGUUACUGUACAGUUACAGGACAGUGGGCAAAACUGUUUGAAAUGACAUCUUGUCAACCAGUUUUGCCUAGAAAAUAUGUAAUUCAACCGGUUUUGCAAACUGGGAGUACAGUGUUUCUCAAUUUCGGUUCCUGGGGGUAUACCGCCUCAGGGUUGCGCAUAUUUGUUCUAGCCCAGCAAAAGCACACCUGAUUCAACAAUCCUUGCCCUUCAUCAGGCGUGCUUGUGCUGGGCCAGAAGAAAAAUGUCCAACCAUUUUUUUUACCUGCCCAGCUGGUAAAACUGGUAGCAAUGAAGUAAGUCAUUCUGACGUCUUCUUUGAUGUCAUGGUUGGGUUGUAUGCUGAUUGGAAAAUGAUAUUUUUGGGAUGUCUUUUUAGCGACCAGACAAAUAGAUCCUUACCUGGUUGUAAGGUAAUCUGACGUCUCUUGAGUGGCUCUGCAGAAAAUGACAUUAUUAUGACGUCCAAUGCGCUGACCUAGCAUCCUGUCCAUGGGGUGUACUUGUACAUCAAGCUACCUCACAAUACAGAAUCAAGAGAUAGGCUUAUGCCCCUAUGGGCGGUUCUGGCUCGGACAGGAUUAGUUGUCCAAGGCUUACUUACUAUGCACUGACCUGAGGUCCCUGACCUUUGCCCUUUCUCCUCUGACCCACGACAGGAGUUCCACGAGACGCUGCACUCCCUGCUGCUGUGGCUGGCCCACGCUGAGAGCAGGCGUUACACCGUCGACAUCCACCACCCGGACACAUCGACAGGCACGCUGUGGGAACACCGCAACACACUCACUGUGAGAGAGAGGGAGGGGAAGGGGAAGGGGAAGGGGAAGGGGAAGGGGAAGGGGAAGGGGAAGGGGGAGGGGAAGGGGAAGGGGGAGGGGGGGAAGGGAAAGGGGGAGGGGAAGGGGAAGGGGGGAAGGGGGUUGAGAGGGAGGGGAAGGGGAAGAGGGGAAGGGGAAGGGGGGAGGGGAGGGGAAGGGGGAGAGGGGAGAGGGGAAGGGGGAGAGGGGAAGGGGGAGAGGGGAGGGGAGGAGAGGGAGGGAGAGAGGGGAGGAAGGGGGAGAGGAGGGAAAGAGGGGAGGGGGAGAGGGGAGGGGGAGGGAGAGGGGAAGGGGGAGAAGGGAAGGAGGGAGAGGGAGGGGGAGAGGGGAAGAGGGAGAGGGUGAGGGGAAAGGGGAGAGGGGAAGAGGGAGAGGGGAAGGGGGAGAGGGGAAGAGAAGGAGGGAGAGGGGAAGGGGAGAGGGGAAGGGGAAGAGGGGAGGAGGAAGGGGGGAGAGGGAGGGAGAGGGGAAGAGGGAGAGGGAGGGAGAGGGGAAGGGAAAAGAGGGAGGGAGAGGGGAAGGGGAAGGGGGAGAGGGAAAGGGGAAGGGGGAGAGGAAGGGAGAGGGGAAAGGGGAAAGGGAGGGAGUGGGGAAGGGAGAGGGAGGGAGAACAUGGAGGAUGGAUAAGGGGGGAGGAGGGAGAGGGAAGAGAAAGGGGGUGUGGGGUGGUAGAGGAGAGAAAGAGGGGAUGAUGAUGGUUUGGGUGAGAGAGUAAGGGGAACUUAAUGAGGGAGAAAUUAUGGAGAGAGAGGGUGAAAAAGGGAGGGAGUACACAUGACUUGGGAGAGCGAAGGGGGAAAUGGAAAGUUCUGACGGACAGUGCAAUAUACACUGAGUAGGCUAAGUAGACUGAGCAGGUGGGAGGCUUGGGCGGCAGGUAGCCUAGUGGUUAGAGCAUUGGACCAGUAACUGCAAAGUUUCUGGUUUGAAUCCCCGAGCCGCCAAGGCUCUGUUGAUAUGCCUUGAGCAAGGCACUUAACCCUAAUUACUCCUGUAAGUCACACUGAAUAAGAGCAUCUGCUAAAUGACUAAACCAGUUGAAAGCUAGGAUCCCUUAUUGAUGUCACUUGUUAAAUCCACUGCAAUCAGGGUAUAUGAAGGGGACGAGACAGGUUAAAGAAGGAUUUUUAAGCCUUGACACAUUUGAAACCUGGAUUGUGUAUGUGUGCCAUUCAGAGGGUGAAUGGGCAAGACAAAACAUUUCAGUGCCUUUGAACGGGAUAUGGUAGUAGGUGCCAGGCGCACCGAUUUGUGUCAAGAACUGCAAUGCUGCUGGGUUUUUCACGCUCAACAGUUUCCCAUGUGUAUCAAGAAUGGUCCACCACCCAAAGGACAUCCAGCCAACUUGACACAACUGUGGGAAGCAUUGGAGUCAACAUGGGCCAGCAUCGCUGUGGAGCGCUUUCAACACCUUGUAGAGUCCAUGCCCCAAUGAAUUGAGGCUGUUCUGAGGGGAAAAAAGGGUGUGGGGUUGCAACUCAAUAUUAAUGUUUGGUAUACUCAGUGUAAAGGUAGCACAUUCCCUUAUCAUUGGUAUGGCCAAUUAGAUUUAUUUUACAUUUAUACUUUUCCACGGGUUCAGAAGCUCCCCUUCGACUGAUGUGUGUGUCGUGUGUGUCUGUAUCGCUCUCUCUGUUUGUCUGUCUGUCUUCUGUCUGCAUCUGUGUGUGUGUGUGCCCUCUUUUCCAGGGCCUGCAGAAGGAGUUGCGGGCGAGACAGAGCCAGGUGAGCUCGCUCCAGGGGCUGUGGAGUCAGCUGCAGCCAGCGGAGGAGGGGGGGGGGGGGAGGAGAGCGUAGAGGCUCGGGAGAAGCUCCACGUGACGGCCAACAAACUGCGGACGCUGCUCCGCCAGGUGGCCCACGACCUCAGUGUCGUGCAGGAGCGCCUGGUAAGGAGACCCCACACCAAGUGAUUUGAAUGUAAAAUUGAAAACACUUCUUAAAUAAAUAGCUUCUCCUUUUUGGUUUUUGAGAACAUUUAAUAAAAUAUUUUUUUUCAAUGAUUGAAUUGGACUUUGUUUACUUCCUCAAUUGACUAACUUCAAUCGAAUUGACCUUAAAACUGCCCCACAAACUUUGCUAGGGUUUGUGGUUGAUUCCAUUCCAAUAUAGACAGCUCAGGAAGUAAACUGAAAUCAUGAUUCCAAUUAGCCUUCUUUGUCGGUUUACGUUCCUGAUUUGAAUGACUUGAAAUUGAAUUGACCGCAACAAUGCGCUCCAAUGUGUCCGAAGCAUUAGACCGAGAGGAUUUCUCAAUCGCAAUCACCAGGGACCUCCACAAGGUGGUGCACAUUUUUGUUCUAGCCCAACAAUCACCAAGCCAUUGAUUUGUUGGACCGGGUGUGUUAGUGCUUGGCUAGAACAAAACUAUGCCCCUUCUGGUGCCCCAGGAACGUAUUGAGAAAUAACAUAUUGACAAUGUUCUAGAAAUGCACAAAGAACAUUGUUAACCAGACAGAACUGAAAACACAUUUAGAAGAAACAUAAGAAAACAGACUGAAACGGGGAGUCUACGUGGACUUGUCCAGUAAGAAACGCACAUUUUCGGUUUACACUGCAGAGAUGUCUUAAAACAAAUUUGACACUACUUCAAGUUUUACAUUACAUACCACAAAACCCACGUUCCAGAGUCAUGUUCAUUAGGGCACACAAUGGAAAUAGAUUUAAGGGGAAUUUUGCAACGGAAAACGAAAAUGAGUGUUUCCUAAUAGACAAAUCCAGGUAGUCCCCAGUUUCAGUCUGCUUUCUUACAUUUGGUGCCUAAUGAACACGACCGUGUAGCUGGCACCAUUCUCCAUCCAAAUGAGCCCAAUGAAACCCUGAUUAAGGCAGCUUAGCUGUCGAAACGUUGGUAUUUAUGAACUGUAUUGCAUCGGAGCCAGGAGUGUGAGACUUUUAUUUAUGUUUCUAACCAUUCAAAUGAACCACCUGACAUGUUUACUGCCCUUGCUGCAGGACUGUGGGACUCUAUCUGCGGGUCCGGCUGUGGCUCGAGCUGCAGUUGAAAAUAAGGGCAGAGGGCGGGCGGAGGGCAGCCAGUCCCCGUCUAAUGCCAGUCAAGAGGAGGGUACCAGUACCACACCAACCUCAGCUGGCAAAAGGUACGGACCAGAGAGUUUAAACUUCUUAAAAUCACUUCAGUUAAAAAUGCUUUAUUACAAUGGAUAAUCACGCAGUGAAAAUAGAAUAUACAGUAUAUAACAGAAAAUAUGAAACAUUGAAAUUAUUAUUGUUAACGUUGAGAUAAUUAUAGACACUUGGGCCGGUAUCUAAUCGAAGGCACACUGCAGAGCUGCACACUGCACUACCGACAAUGUGUCUUUAAAAGGCUCUUUCCCCCGAUGUUCAGAAAUCCAAUUAAUGGAUGUCGGCUCAAGCGUUAUGGGCAGUGCUGCAACGCGCCUUUGAAUUAAUUCCUGCCUUGAUGUAAUGAUAAAAAAAGGUUAAAUCAGUUUAGCCCCACUAGUGGUCUCUCAAUACUUUUUAUGGUGGAGGCUGAAGUUGACCCUAGACACUGAUCUUGGGUCAGAUUUGCAUUUCCCCUACUAAUAGUUAUGGUUAAGAUUGGUUAAGGGGAAACUGAUCCUAGAUAUGUACCUGGGGAAAACUUCACCCCGGAGCAGUUGUUAUGGUCUAUGGAAGUCUAUGGAGGAGGUCUGUGGAGGAUGCCUGUAUGUUUUGACUGAUGAUUUGCCUAAGUACCAUUCUUCGUCCCUUGUCUUGGACCUCCAGGGGGGAGAAGAGGGACCCAACCCCACCUCGCUCCUUCUUCUACCGCGUGCUGCGGGCUGCCUUCCCCCUACACCUCCUCCUCCUCCUGGUCCUUGUGCUGGCCUGCCUGGUGCCCCUGGCUGAGAACGACCACAGCUGCACACUGUCCAACAACUUUGCCCGCUCUUUCUACCCCAUGCUGCGCUACACCAAUGGCCCACCACCCACC